GCCAGCUAAACAAUAUUUAGCAGGAAAUAGUUUUAAACGCAUUGAAUUUUAUCUGAGUUAUAGUUUACGUUUGAAUUUUCACAUUAAUACGUCCCUGAUGCAUGUUUGUAUUUCACUGGAGGUUAGCCUUCAAAAUUAUAUGUACAUGAAAUUAUAACAUUUACAAAAUUGGUGAUGAAUCAUUUGUGAUAUUAUUGUAUUAAUUUCGCUGAUUGAUGCAUAAUUGCUGUGCCAAUUCUUGAAAGUUGUCAGCAAAUCACUGGUCAAGAUGUUUAACAACUUCUUUGGCAAACCAGACCCUAAAGAACAGCAGAGGCAGGUGGACAGAUCCCUCAGGAAAGCUUCCAGGGAAAUCGAGCGCGACAGGCGUGAAUUAGAAAAAGAGGAAAAGAAAUUAGAAUUAGAAAUCAAGAAACUAGCCAAAGAGGGCAACAAUGAAGGCUGUAGGAUUCUGGCAAAGCAGUUGGUGCAACUUCGAAAGCAAAAGACAAGAACCUAUGCUGCCAACAGUAAGCUGCAAGGUGUCAGUGUGCAGACCAAAGCAAUGGGUGCAAAUGUAAAACUUGCUGAUGCCAUGGCAGUGGCAGGCAAGUCAAUGGGACAGAUGAAUCAGUUGAUGAAUCCAGCACAGAUUGGAGCUACCAUGCAAGAGUUCUCGAAGCAGGGCAUGAAGAUGGACAUGACUGAGGAGAUGAUGAAUGAUGCCUUUGAUGAUAUCCUAGCAGACAGUGAUGAAGAGACUGAGUCCAAUGACAUUGUCACUCAAGUGCUUGAUGAAAUUGGUAUUGAGAUGUCUGGCAAGAUGUCUGGUGUCCCACUGCCAGAACAAGGGAAAAUUGACAUGGGGUCAAGCUCCAAAGAUGGCAAACUCACAGAUUCAGAAAUUGAGGCACAACUUAGUAAAUUGCGCUCGUAAAAUUUCUCAUUGCUUAUGAAAAACAUCAAGUUAUCAGCAGCUCGUAUUCGUUUUUAUCGUUAAAUUAAAUUCAUUUAAGUAAUACGUAUGAAUAAAUCAUUUUGGGUAAUGUUUUGUGAAGCAAUUUGCACUUUUUAGCUUGUUAAUAUUGUUAUUUAUGUUAAUAUUCUGAGUAUUUUAAGAAUAAAUCCAAAUUUAAUAAAAA